AUGAGCAACAUGAAUAACUUUAAUAACUCUACUCCUGAUGCUCUACCCCCCUCUAAGGCGAACAUGGAAUCAGAACGCGAUUUGGGAAUACAUUACAAAGAUGGCGACGAGGAGCUUGGGAAAAAAGAAACGAAGACUGAGGAAAUUCAAGACAUUUUUAUGUCGACACCUUGUUCAGUUAGCAGGCUAGAUGAAUAUUCUAGAGCCUGCCCGCAACUCUACCAAACAUCCAACAUCAGGGAACAUGUCUUGGACGACCAAUCGUCAAAGAAUAAUAGCAAUCUCUUACGGAGCGUCAGUUAUAGCGACAAACCAGAAAGACAGAAGACCCUUGGUCAUGAUUCGGCAGAACAACGAUUCGUACCUUUUCCCACGAGAUCCGAAUGGAACGAUACGUCAAAGUCAAGAGAAAUGGGACUACAGGAAUUGUGCGGAAACAAACUUCUGGACUUACCUAGCCAUGUUGAGGCCCAAUAUUCCGAUCAAAACGUGCACAAUCAAUGUGCGAACGAAAAAAAAGAUUCCAUCUUGUCAAAAUUGCAAAACUUGCCGGAUUACCUUUGUGAACAGUUAGAUAAAAAUAAUCGUUUCGGUUUUCGCCAAAUAACAAACGAAGACUCAUUGGACUUUGUAGAUGCAGAAUAUAUUGAGUAUCUUAAUGAAAAAUUUGGAAUCACUGACGUUCAACCAAUAUUCAUAGAUCAUUCUGGAUUCGUUAUCUGGUUAUUAGAUAAAGGUGGCAAUAUGUAUGAAUGGAACAAGAUGCAACAAGGCUUGGAAUAUAUGGGAAAAAAUCUUAUAGAUGGCCUCACAAAUAAUUUUUUAUAUCCAGAAAAUAUUUGUGUCGUCAUGGAGGACACGGGUGAGCGGAUUCCUGUAAAGGAGUUCAAUCGUCAACUGGAAGAAAGGGCGAAAAGGAUUUGGGAUAACCGUGUAAUUUUAAAGUAA